AUGCCCUCCGCCACAGGAACCCUCCACACCUACCACCCAACCCGCGGCCUCCUUCUUUUCGAACACGCACACGGCCAUGCCUCGCCACCACCACCCAAUAUCCUCCUCUUCGUCGGCGGCAUGUUCGACAACUUCCUCUCUCCCAACUACACCCUAUCCCUAGCCCAGCUGUUUCGGUCUUCAGAGCGGCCCAAAUGGCGGCUAGCGCACAUCCAACUCUCCUCCGCGAUGCGCGGCUUUGGCAUCUCCUCGCUCAGCAGGGAUGCGCAGGAACUCAAUCUUGGCGUGAAAUUCGUGCGUGAGCACCUCCUCGCCGGCAACAGCAGCGGGAAAGUCGUGCUAAUGGGCCACUCCACCGGCACGCAAGACCUCAUCUCGUACUGCUACCUCAACAACAAAACCACCGGCCCGCUGGCAGAGCGGGCAAAGGUCGACGGAAUCAUCCUGCAAGCCGCCGUCUCAGACCGCGACACCGCGACGCCCGGCCCAGACGCAAGUGCUGAGCGUCGGCUCCGCUGGACGCAGUGCCUGGACCUAGCGCGCAGCACGCCGGAUGCAGAGAAGCGAACGACGGUGCUGCCGAUGCAUUUGACGAACAGUAUUUUCGGGCCUGCGCCGUUGAGCGUGGAGCGGUUCUUGAGUCUGGCGAGUCCGGACAGUCCCGAGAGGCCGGGUGAGGAUGAUCUGUUGAGCGGUGAUGCGAGCGAGGAGUGGUUGAAGAAGACGUGGGGCGUGGCUUUUGGCGGCUCUGAAGGAGUUUUUCAACCGAUGCCUAAGUCAAGGAAGAAGGAGCCACUCAUCCUCCUGUCUGGGAAUGAUGAGCAUGUUCCUGGACACGUCGAUCAGAAUAAGCUUCUCGAGAAAUGGCGAGAAGCAGUCGAGAAGGCUGGCGGGGCGCUGCAUAGCGAGAGCCAGGUAAUCGCAGGGGCAGUGCAUGAUGUGAGCGGCGACGACGCGGCGAGCUUUCGUGCGAGGGAGCUUGCUUUGAGAUGGGCGGUAGUUCUGUAUCUGGCGGGCGUUCUAGGCGAAGAAAUUGAUGACGGCACGGACAGGGCACUGGAGGAAGCAGAGGAGCAGUGGAAGACGAUGCAGAACGCAGGACAGCAGCAGUCUACGCCGACUGAGAAGGAGGAUCUCGCAUCAAAGAUAUAG